AUGCAGGGACUAUCGGAGGCGACGGCCAUACGGUUAUUCAACAGCGUUGUGGCAACUGGACAGCUGACUGGUCCCCCCACGACACUCAAUGCUGCGCCACUGACGCCAGUCAACGCCGUAAACGACUGCAAAUCGGUAACGACGAUACAGUCAUCAAAUGAAUUUGGGAACUCUUGUCGCAUUUGUCGUUGCAAUCGAAGUGACGUACAGCUGUCACGUUGCCCUUGCCAGUGUCGCGGCAGUGUGGGUUUUGUACAUAUACCGUGUCUGAAGCGUUGGAUUUUGCAUCGACGAGACACGCAUUGUGAAAUUUGCAACACCCCUCUCGAUAUACCGGAUGAGAAGUUGAAUCUACGCCGCAUGUUCGGCGCACUAUUCUCGACGCGUUGUGGCGGUGCGAUUAUGAAGCAUUUGCUGUUAAGCAUUUCCCUACUGCCGCUGGCUCAUGUGGUGCUACAACAGGUGCUCAUCUGUAUGGACAAAAUUAAUGCCAGUCCCAACGAGCAGCUGACUGUGCAGGAAGUGGUGGUGGCGUCGUGUGCGCUCUUAACCUCAAGUACACUCUUCUUCCACUUUUUCGAAUUUAUAACAACUCGUUUCCUAUUCGUUCGCAAUAUUCUGCAUCAGUGGUGGAUGUUUGGAAAUCAGGAGAACUUCACUGUAAUUGAAGUCGACAGCGAAUAUUUUGAUGUUUUUUGAGUAGUAGCAAGCUAC